AUGGCAUUUCUCAUGACUCAAAUGGUGGGUAAUAAGUUGAAGAGUUUUACCGGAGGAGGCGGUGACGACGACAGUAAAGCAGGAGCAGACGGAAAGGAAACACCUGAGUCCAAAGGCAUGUCCAGGGAACAGUUUGAAGAGUACCAGAGGCAGCUGGUGGAAGAAAAGAUUCAGCGUGACAAGGAUUUUGCCAUGAGGAAGGCUGAGAGAGCAAACCUGAGAGUGGCACUGAGAGACAAAUACAGACUUCCAGAUAGUGCUCAAGACACUGCAACAGUUGAGAUGGCUGGAGAGGACAUUGACCUGCCAGAGGACCUUGCAAAAAUGGUGGACGAAGAUGAGGAAGAGGAAGAGACCAAUGACUCAUUCCUCCAUAAACUUCAAAACAUGGAUGUGGAUACACUGAAAACCAAAGCCCAGGCCACAGUGACAGAGUUAAAGCAGACUGCAGAGGAGAAGUGUAUUCUCAUGUGA